AUGGCCGUGAAGCCAAAGGCUGUAGGUUGGGUACUGGGCCACUCCUUCUCUGAGUGGACACAAAUAUCUACCAGAUACCUUCGAGAGCAGUUGGCCAAGAUUUCUGACUUUUACCACAUGGCCUGCAGCACAGGGGAUGGCCCUGUCCCUGUGCCACCGGAGGUGGAGCAAGCCAUGAAGCAAUGGGAGUACAAUGAGAAGCUGGCAUUUCACAUGUUCCAGGAAGGAAUGCUAGAAAAACAUGAAUAUUUGACAUGGAUCCUGGAUGUUUUAGAAAAGAUCAGACCAAUGGAUGAUGAUCUUCUUAAACUCUUGUUACCACUAAUGCUGCAGUAUUCAGAUGAGUUUGUCCAGUCGGCCUACCUGUCUCGUCGUCUUGCCUACUUCUGUGCCCGGCGUCUUUCCUUGCUGCUGAGUGAUAGUCCCAACCUCCUUGUUGCCCACUCACCACACAUGAUAAUAGGACCAAACAGCUCGAGCAUUGGGGCGCCCAGCCCUGGUCCCCCUGGCCCCGGCAUGAGCCCUGUGCAGCUGGCCUUCUCUGAUUUUCUUUCCUGUGAGCAGCAUGGUCCCCUGGUUUACGGACUUAGUUGUAUGUUGCAGACUGUCACUCUCUGUUGCCCAAGUGCCUUGGUGUGGAAUUAUUCCACAAAUGAAAAUAAGAGUGUGAACCCAGGCUCACCUCUGGAUCUGCUGCAGGUGGCUCCUUCCAGCCUCCCCAUGCCGGGUGGGAACACGGCUUUCAACCAGCAGGUUCGGGCAAGGAUUUAUGAGGUGGAACAGCAGAUAAAACAAAGAGGCCGGGCAGUGGAAGUUCGGUGGUCUUUUGACAAGUGCCAAGAGUCAACAGCAGGGGUGACUAUUAGUCGGGUUUUGCACACGUUGGAAGUUUUGGAUCGUCACUGUUUUGACCGAACUGAUUCCAGCAAUUCAAUGGAGACGCUUUAUCAUAAGAUUUUCUGGGCAAACCAGAACAAAGAUAACCAAGAGGUGGCUCCCAAUGAUGAAGCUGUGGUGACACUGCUGUGCGAGUGGGCCGUGAGCUGCAAGCGCUCAGGCAAGCAUAGGGCCAUGGCUGUGGCCAAGCUGCUGGAGAAGAGGCAGGCGGAAAUCGAGGCAGAGAGAUGUGGUGAAUCAGAAGUCUUAGAUGAGAAGGAGUCUAUUUCUUCAGCCUCUCUUGCUGGAUCUAGUUUGCCUGUUUUCCAGAAUGUUCUGCUAAGGUUUUUAGAUACACAGGCCCCCUCAUUGUCGGAUCCAAACAGUGAAUGUGAAAAGGUGGAAUUUGUGAACCUGGUGCUGCUCUUCUGCGAGUUCAUCCGCCACGAUGUCUUUUCCCAUGAUGCAUACAUGUGUACCCUCAUAUCUCGAGGAGACUUGUCAGUCACCGCCUCCACCCGGCCACGGUCACCAGCAGGGGAAAAUGCAGAUGAGCACUAUUCAAAAGACCAUGACAUGAAAAUGGAGAUUUUUUCUCCCAUGCCUGGAGAGUCCUGUGAGAAUGCCAACCCUUCCUUGUGCAGAAGAAUGUCAGUUAAUGGUGAGAAGUUGGUGAAGAGGGAAAAAUCAAGGGAAUUAAUUUUUCCAUCUAAUUAUGACCUCCUUCGUCACCUGCAGUAUGCAACACAUUUUCCUAUACCUCUGGACGAGUCUUCGAGCCACGAAUGUAACCAGCGCACAGUCCUUCUCUAUGGAGUCGGCAAAGAGCGUGACGAGGCGCGGCAUCAGCUGAAGAAGAUUACCAAAGACAUCCUGAAAAUCCUGAAUAAGAAGAGCACCACAGAGACAGGGGUUGGGGAUGAAGGACAAAAAGCCAGAAAGAACAAGCAAGAAGCAUUCCCAACGCUGGAGACUGUGUUCACAAAACUCCAACUCCUUUCAUACUUUGAUCAGCAUCAAGUGACAUCUCAGAUCUCUAACAAUGUGCUGGAACAAAUCACAAGCUUUGCAUCAGGAACGUCAUAUCAUCUCCCUUUGGCUCACCACAUUCAGCUUAUCUUCGAUCUCAUGGAGCCAGCUCUGAACAUCAAUGGACUAAUUGAUUUUGCAAUACAGUUACUAAAUGAACUGAGCGUUGUGGAAGCUGAACUGCUCCUAAAAUCCUCCAGCCUGGCAGGAAAUUACACAACAGGACUGUGUGUCUGCAUCGUGGCUGUUCUCAGGCGGUAUCAUAGUUGUCUGAUCCUGAAUCCUGAUCAGACAGCCCAGGUGUUUGAAGGGUUGUGUGGUGUGGUAAAGCAUGUUGUAAACCCCUCAGAAUGUUCUUCCCCUGAAAGAUGCAUCUUAGCCUACCUCUAUGAUCUCUAUGUGUCAUGCAGCCACCUCAGAAGUAAAUUUGGCGACCUCUUCAGUAGUGCCUGUUCAAAAGUAAAGCAAACCAUAUAUAAUAAUGUGAUGCCUGCAAAUUCUAACUUGCGAUGGGAUCCAGACUUCAUGAUGGAUUUUAUUGAGAAUCCUUCAGCCCGUAGCAUCAACUACUCAAUGCUGGGCAAGAUCCUCAGUGACAAUGCGGCCAAUCGCUACAGCUUUGUUUGCAACACACUCAUGAAUGUCUGCAUGGGCCAUCAGGAUGCUGGAAGGAUUAAUGACAUAGCCAACUUCUCCUCCGAGCUGACGGCUUGCUGCACUGUGCUCAGUUCAGAAUGGCUGGGGGUUCUCAAGGCUCUCUGUUGUUCUUCAAAUCAUGUGUGGGGGUUUAAUGAUGUACUUUGCACUGUAGAUGUGAGUGACCUUUCAUUCCAUGAUUCAUUAGCUACUUUCAUUGCUAUUCUGAUAGCACGACAGUGUUUUUCCCUUGAGGACGUCGUGCAGCAUGUGGCACUUCCCUCUCUCCUAGCAGCAGCUUGUGGAGAUGCGGACGCCGAGCCUGGGGCGAGAAUGACGUGCCGGCUCCUGCUUCACCUCUUCCGAGCUCCCCAGGCCUGCUUCUUACCUCAAGCAACGGGCAAACCUUUCCCUGGAAUAAGAUCAUCUUGUGACAGGCACCUCUUAGCCGCUGCUCACAACAGCAUUGAAGUAGGAGCUGUGUUUGCUGUCUUAAAAGCAAUUAUGAUGCUUGGAGAUGCCAAAAUUGGCAAUAACAGUGUCAGCUCUUUAAAGAAUGAAGACUUUACUAUGAGAGGUUUACGACGUGAUGGGAAUGCUGAUGAUAUCUGGACUGCCUCACAAAAUUCAAAAUCCUGUGGGAAAAGCAUUUCCAUAGAAACUGCCAAUUUAAGAGAAUAUGCUAGAUACGUACUGAGAACUAUCUGUCAACAGGAAUGGGUAGGAGAACAUUGCUUAAAAGAACCUGAAAGAUUAUGUACAGACAAAGAACUUAUAUUGGACCCUGUGCUUUCAAAUAUGCAAGCGCAGAAAUUACUGCAGCUUAUCUGUUAUCCUCAUGGCAUUAAAGAAUGUACUGAGGGGGACAACCUGCAAAGACAGCACAUUAAGCGCAUUCUUCAGAAUCUUGAGCAGUGGACACUGAGACAGUCCUGGUUAGAACUUCAGUUAAUGAUCAAACAGUGCUUGAAGGACCCUGGCUCUGGUUCUGUGGCCGAAAUGAACGUCUUACUGGAUAAUAUUGCAAAGGCAACAAUAGAGGUGUUCCAGCAGUCUGCCGACAUGAACAGUAACUCUGCUAAUUCUGGCAUGAGCCUCUUUAACCCAAAUAGCAUGGGAAGUGCCGAUACAACUAGCACAAGACAGAAUGGAAUAAAGACAUUUCUAAGUUCCUCUGAACGCAGGGGCGUAUGGUUGGUGGCGCCCCUCAUCGCCAGGCUGCCGACUUCCGUGCAAGGAAGAGUGUUGAAGGCUGCUGGAGAAGAGUUGGAGAAAGGACAGCACUUGGGUUCUUCAUCAAAAAAGGAAAGAGACAGACAAAAACAGAAGAGUAUGUCUCUUUUGAGUCAGCAACCUUUCCUCUCACUGGUACUUACCUGCCUUAAGGGACAGGAUGAACAACGGGAAGGCCUCCUAACAUCUCUGCAGAAUCAAGUUAACCAGAUUUUAAGUAACUGGAGAGAAGAACGAUACCAAGAUGACACAAAAGCACGGCAGAUGAUGCACGAAGCCCUGCAGCUCCGCUUGAAUUUGGUAGGAGGAAUGUUUGACACGGUGCAGAGGAGCACCCAAUGGACCACAGACUGGGCCCUCCUGCUUCUCCAGAUAAUCACUUCAGGAACUGUUGACAUGCACACUAACAAUGAAUUAUUCACAACAGUUCUUGACAUGCUGGGUGUUUUAAUCAAUGGAACAUUAGCCUCUGACCUAUCAAAUGCAUCCCCAGGGGGAUCAGAAGAGAACAAACGUGCAUACAUGAAUUUAGUAAAGAAACUGAAAAAAGAGCUAGGAGACAAGCGGUCUGAAAGCAUUGACAAAGUUCGACAGUUGCUACCUUUGCCUAAACAGACGUGUGAUGUUAUCACUUGUGAACCUAUGGGUUCCUUGAUCGACACAAAGGGAAACAAAAUUGCUGGAUUUGACUCUAUAGAUAAAAAACAGGGUCUUCAGGUCUCUACGAAGCAGAAGGUGUCCCCGUGGGACUUGUUCGAGGGUCAGAAGAACCCAGCCCCUCUGUCCUGGGCCUGGUUCGGGACUGUCCGAGUGGACCGCAAAGUGAUCAAGUACGAGGAGCAGCACCACCUUCUUUUGUAUCACACACACCCCAUGCCCAAGCCCCGAAGUUACUACCUCGAGCCACUGCCCCUGCCUCCCGAGGAGGAAGAGGAAGAGCCCUCGUCUCCAGUCUCUCAGGAACCAGAAAGGAAAUCGGCCGAGCUGUCAGAUCAGGGGAAAUCUGCAACAGAUGAGGAGAAGAAAACAAAGGGAAGGAAGCGCAAGACGAGAUCAAGCGCAAGGGUCGAUGAAUAUCCACAGAGCAACAUAUACCGAGUGCCCCCUAACUACUCGCCCAUUUCCUCCCAGAUGAUGCACCAUCCACAGUCCACCUUGUGGGGUUACAACCUCGUGGGCCAGCCCCAGCAGCCUGGCUUUUUUCUUCAGAACCAAUCUCUUCCUUCAGGUGGCUCCAGAUUGGACCCUGCGGGCUCCUUUGUCCCAACCAAUACCAAGCAGGCUCUGUCGAACAUGCUGCAGAGGCGCUCGGGCGCCCUCAUGCAGCCUCCCUCCCUUCAUGCCAUCACCUCACAGCAGCAGUUGAUGCAGAUGAAGCUUCUGCAGCAGCAGCAGCAGCAGCGGCUUCUCAGGCAAGCCCAGGCUCGACCUUUCCAACAGGGCCAGCCAGGGGACCAGGCUGCUCUCUUUGCUGCACAAGCACGGCCCUCCCCUCAGCUUCCUCAGUAUCCAGGGCUGCAGCAAGCACAGACGAUGCCCCAGGGCUAUACAAUGUACGGAACACAGAUGCCUUUGCAGCAGAUGCCGCAGCAGCAGGCUGGCAGCAUGGUCUUGUCUCCCAGCUACAACUCCAGAGCCUAUCCAGCUGCACAUUCCAACCCUGCACUAAUGGAAAGACUCCGACAGAUUCAGCAGCAGCCGAGUGGCUACGUUCAACAGCAGGCCUCACCAUACCUGCAGCCCUUGACUGGCUCUCAGAGACUGAACCAUCAGGCUCUACAGCAGAGCCCUCUGGUGGGCGGGGGAAUUGAUGCUGUGCUGACUUCUGCACAUCCCAACCUUCCCUCGGUGCCCCUGCCUCAGGACCCCAUGAGGCCCAGACAGCCGCAAGUCCGACAGCAGCAGAGACUCCUCCAGAUGCAGCAGUCCCAGCAGCCCCCUCAGCCUCAGCAGCCUCCCCAGCCCCAGCAGUCCUCGCAGUCCCAGAGUCAGACCCUUGGUCUCCAAGCAAUGCAGCCCCAGCAGCCUUUGUUUCCCAGGCAAGGCUUGCAGCAGACCCAGCAGCAGCAGCAGACGGCUGCCCUGGUGCGGCAGCUCCAGAAGCAGCUUUCUAGUAAUCAGCCACAGCAAGGAGUGACUCCGUAUGGGCAUCCUUCACACUUCUGAAUCUAGAAGAGGAAAAGACAUGAAGUUUGAUGUCUGCACUGAAAAAUAGAAAAUUGAAUUUAAUUUCAUUCGCCAUCCUUAGACAUGCCCCUUUGUGCUUUCAUUUCUUUGACAUUUUACUAUAUUUUAUGCUACAUUUCACACAAAGGUGUUUAAACAAAAAGCGAAGGAGAAGUUGUAGUUUGAUUUUGUCUCGUUCCACUUUAAAGUAGGUUUAAAAAUGUGGAUCAUGCAGGCCUACUCCAGGAAGAGUGUGGUAGCGGACCUUUUGAAACUGGUGCUUUUUUUGAAUCUCAUAUUUACAGGAAGAAUGAAUUAUGGUGGAUUUAAGAUGUUUAUGUAUUUAAUAAUAGUGAAUUUUUGUUUUGUUUUUUCCCUGUGCUGGACCAAACUACUGAUUUGAAAAGUGUGUGAGAUCUUGACGGGAAAGACCCGUUUAUAUUGCAUUCACCUGCAGUGGUGAAAUGGACAUUUAUUUGCAUCACUCUAGUUUGAAAUGUUUGUAAUUUCAUAAGCACUUUAUGAAGUUUGUUCUUAUUUAUGUAGAACUUUGCUUUGCUUUUGUUGUGGUCAAAAGAUGCUGAAACAGAUUGUUGCUUAGUACUUAAAAUUCUUAAACCAAGAACUUAAUUAAACCAAGGCUUCUGUGAGAGCCACACUAGGAUGUGUGGAAGCCUCUUAGAAGUAGCUGUACUUGAAUUUGAGGGUACAAAUGUAAAUUCUAAAGGCCUGAGAGAACCACAGUGGAAUCAUUUCAAGUAUUUAUUGUCUGUUUUGGUAAAAAUGACUCUGUCCCAUUUUGGUUCUCCUGAACUUUAUGUCACCUUGAAGAAAAAAAAAAAUUUGCAACUGGCCUGAGAUUCCACAGUGCUCAGACUUGACAUGGUUUCCAGAGAAUCUGGACCCAAAGUCCAGAAGGCUCUGGUUUUCAUAAAAGGUGUAUUUGCUGUUUAUUUUGUAUGGUAAGUAUUUGCUAUUUUGAAUUUAAUUAUUAAUGUUGGUGUUAGUCUUGGUCAUGUAUUGCAUACACUGUAUUUAUAAAUUGGUGCAAAAAGCACAAGUAAAUUAUACAUCAAAUUUAUUAUAAAGAAAUAGUAACUAUUUUAACUUUGUUCAAGUAUGUGGUAAUUUGCUCCUAUUAGAGUAAAAAAAAUACAGUAAAUUAUUAUCAGUUUGUGUAACUUAAGAGUAUUCCAUAUAAUAUUUUUUUAGAUAUAGAUGCAUAAAAUUUUGAAUGUGAAAAUUGCAGGGCAUUUUAAAACAUAUGUGGGGAUAUUUUCCCAUGUUCUGUGUUAAUUCAUUUUCGUUUGCCAUAUGAUUUUACAUGUAAUGUAGUCAAGCAUACUGUGAAUAGAUUUGUUUAUAAUGAACAAACCAUGUAGAACUACUUUUUUAUUAAAUGUAGCUAGUACGACUUUAGUAGACAAUUUCUUUUGGAAAUCAUUAUAUAAAUAAUUUGUAUCUUCCUAGGUGAAUUACUCAUUGCAAAGUUUGACUCAUGCAAAUGACCUCAAUACAUGUCAGCUUACUUUGCUGUGGCAACAUCCAUGUGAACUGCUUUGUACACUGUGAAAAUAUUUCCCUCCAGCCUGCUCAUUUUGUGUUUACUCUGGGCUGGAAAAGACUUUGCCAAAACAUUAAAGACCAUUCUUUUCACUAAA